CCAACCGUGACAAAUACAACGCAGAGGAACGGUGAACUCAGCUCAGGCCAGCCGGUGAAAGAUGGCGUCUCUUCUGCAGCCAGAUAGAGUCGUCUAUCUGGUUCGUGGAGAGAAAAGGAUAAGAGCCCCGUUAUCCCAGCUUUAUUUUUGUCGGUAUUGUAGCGAGUUGAGGUCGCUGGAAUGUGUGUCUCAUGAGGUGGACUCCCAUUACUGUCCAAGUUGUCUGGAGAACAUGCCAUCAGCUGAAGCUAAGCUCAAAAAGAACAGGUGUGCGAAUUGUUUUGACUGCCCGUGUUGCAUGCACACGUUGUCAACCCGGGCCACUAACAUCCCAGCUCCUCUGCCUGACGAUCCUACCAAGACAACCAUGAAGAAAGCCUACUAUCUGGCCUGCGGUUUCUGCCGCUGGACCUCAAGGGAUGUAGGAAUGGCUGACAAAUCAGUUGCCAGUGGUGGAUGGCAGGAGCCAGAAAACCCCCAUGCUCAGCGGAUCUCCAAGCUGAUUGAAUAUUACCAACAACUCGCUCACCGAGAGAAGCAGGAGAGGGACAGGAAGAAGCUGGCAAGGAGGCGACAGUGCAUGCCCCUGGCAUUCUCGCAACACACUAUUCAUGUGGUGGAAAAAUACGGCCUUGGAACCAGACUGCAGAGGCAGAAGCCUGGAGCCCCCAUAUCUACCCUGGCUGGACUUUCCCUUAAAGAAGGUGAGGACCAGAAGGAGAUCACCAUAGAACCGGCCCAGGCCCUUGAUGAAGUAGAGCCCCUGCCUGAGGAUUGUUACACUAGACCUGUCAGUUUACCCGAAGUGACCACGCUGCGCCAGAGGCUGCUGCAGCCGGACUUCCAACCUGCAGGAGCCUCUCAGCUGCACCCCAGACACAAACACCUCCUGAUGAAGCGCUCGCUGCGCUGCAGGAAAUGCGAGCACAACCUGAGCAAGCCAGAGUUUAAUCCAACUUCAAUCAAGUUCAAAAUACAGCUGGUGGCUGUGAGCUACAUCCCUGAAGUAAGAAUAAUGUCCAUUCCAAACCUCCGACACAUGAAGGAGAGUCAGGUGCUGCUUACCCUGACCAACCCAGUGGAGAACAUCACCCAUGUCUCACUGGCUGCUUGUAAAGAAGAAGAUCCUGAUGACAUUAACAGCACUGCCAAGGUUCUUGUUCCCAAUAAGGAACUGGUGUUGGCAGGAAAAGAUGCUGCAGCUGAGUACGAUGAACUGGCUGAACCUCAAGACUUCCAGGAUGACCCAGACAUUGUUGCCUUCAGGAAGUCUAAUAAGAUUGGUUUCUUCAUCAAAGUGAUCCCUCAGAAAGAAGAGGACACAGAUGUCACCGUUUCAUUUAGGAUGUGCCAUGACUUCCGUAACCUCGCGGCUCCAAUCCGGCCGAGCGAGGAGGGAGGCGACGCUGCUCCGGAGGCUAUUUGGCUCACGCAUCAUGUAGAGCUGAGGCUGGGGCCACUCGCUCCCUGAGUGCACGUAAAAGCCUUGGGCUAUUUUAACUAGUCUCUUUAAACUAGAGUUCAUUUAAUGGAAACUGAUCUCUGGUUCCGCUCCGAGCUUCAGAUGCUUUUGUUUUAGUUUACCUUACUUCUCCAGUGGUUGCAAAGUAGCCAUCAUCUGCUGCUCAGUCCAUUAUAAAAUUAUAGGAAGCUACUUUUGACCACCGACUGGUGCAUCGGUUUCACCUCCCUUUGAAUGAUUGUUGUGCUGCGACUCCAGGUGAAAGGUUAUAUUUCACUACAUCAUCCUCUUUCUCUGUUUAAACACUAUACAGUCUGUUAGUACGAAGCAGUUUCAGUGUGGGAGUUUAGGAUGUAUUGAUGUUGUUCAAACAGUGUUUUCUUUAUUCCCUGUGUCUGUAUGUGGUUAUAAUUCACUGUAGCGCUGAGCUGGUGCGACCCGUUCAGACUGAGCGAGUGAAAUCAGUGAGCAGAAUCAGAAGUAAGAGAUGAGAACAAUCUGAGUCUCAACAUCGGCUCUUGUUUAUGUAUCUUUGUCAGCAUCAUUUUCUGCAGACCAUAGUUUUGUAUUUGCUUGCAUGCUUUAUCUAUACGAAAUACAGCAAAUGCUAAAAAUUGUCUAAACUAACCUGCCAAUAUUUCAGUGUUGUACUGGAACCUAUUUAAAUCACUUCUUACAGUUUAAUCAUUUCCACUUGAAGUUUGCAGACUAAGAAGACUUCUUAGUGUGUUUAGCAGCUCAUUGGAAUUGCAUACAAAGCUUAUUAAUCUAAGAUCACCUGCAUUUUAUACACCCAGACAGAAAGUAUACUUCGCUGCCCUUCUACAGGGCAGAUCAUAGGUCAUCUCUGCACUGUUGUCACACUUCACACCUUUACAUGCAACGGCCUCCAUAAAGCUGCAGGAAGCUCGGUAAAAUAGUUUUAGGUACAAAAAGCUCAUCAUGUAUUUGUACGUCAACUUUUUCCCUUCCUCUUGGCUUGCAAACAUUACUGACUAGCCUGUAGGUGUGUGUUGUGCAAAACUGUCUGAUGUGUCAUCUUAGAAAAAGCAGAGCUGUACAUUACAAUUAACCCGCACUACUGGCUAAUAAAAUAUGCUGUAAUGAUGAUGGUUCACAUGACUUUUACAUCAUUUAAUCAAGAGGUGCUUUUUGUUUUCUUUUAUUGGAUGAUUUAUGGAGUAUCUUCACACCCAGCACAUACAAUAAAAGCAUUUAACCAGAA